AUGCCCAAUGCCCGGGUCUUGCGGGACAUAAAGGCCCGUCAGGGUGUCUUACAGAACGAACUUCUACGAAGGGCAUAUCUCUAUGUCGCACGGGACCAAAGGCAGCCCCCGCAGGUCCGACAUCAGGCUCAGCUGCAGUUAAAUACUUUUGGCAAGUACACUCGCCCCACGACGGUGAAGAACCGGUGCAUAGAGAGUGGGCGCGGUAGAGGCAUCAUGAGUGAAUUCGGUCUCUGUCGGUUCCAAUUCCGACUGAAAGCUCUGAAUGGAGAAUUGCCAGGUGUCCGCAAAGCUUCCUGGUAA